CCGAAGAGCGACAUAACCACUUGGCUUGACCCUGCGCAACCCUUGUAUCAGGACAAGGGAGGGGUAGACCGUCAUCUCGGCCCUUGCUCGCCUUGCCGGAUGCCACCGAGCCACAUCGCUGUACUUGGAGGCGGGAUCUCAGGCUUAUCCGCCGCGCAUCACCUCGCGCGGCGCUAUCCGACAACGCUCAUCACUCUCCUCGAGAAGGACUCCCGACUUGGAGGAUGGAUACGCAGCGAGCGAAUGCGAGUCAGCGACGGGGCGGGUAACAGCGCCAGCGUGUUGCUGGAGGUGGGGCCGAGGCAUCUGAAAGCGCCGACGAGGUCGCGCUUGCAUUCGGCGUACGUGCUGGAAUUGGUGAACCAGCUCGGCAUAGAAGACGGCAUCGUGAAAGGACCCAUGCCCGGUGCUCCUGAUGCCAUGCAACUCGUGUCCAUGCCCGCCGUCAACGCCAACCCCUCAACCCCCGCCGAACUGAUGCUGCUCCCCGACCGCUGGUCGGAUCUGGACCCUUGGGAGCAUCCGAGCCACCGACUCCUGAUGCGCGCCGCCUUUUCCAACGUCGCCAACGGGACCCGACACCAUAAUUACGACCUCGGUAAUCUUUCCAAGGCCGGCCGCUGGUUGAAGGGGCGCUCCGCGUCCCUCCUUGAUGAAAACGUGCAACAAUACCUCGAGAAGCGGUUCAAGAACCCGGUCGUGGCCGAUAUUCUCGGCACUGCGGUCGUGCACGGCGCCCUGGCCGCCGACGCGCGCUUCCUCAGCGUGGCGAUCGCCUUCCCCGACGUGUAUCGCUUAGAGCGCCUCGGCGUCGGGAGCGUCGUGCGCGGGCUGAUACACGAGCGCUCUUUCCAAUAUCUAUUUGGAUCCCGAUAUUCGAAGAAGCAUAUACCGGGCGAGCUGGCGCGGCAUGGGCUCGAUACCGGGGAUUUACCUGAAAGGUUACAGGACACGGCCGUCUUCUCCUUCAAGCAAGGCCUCGCGACGUUGACAGAUGCGUUGGAGCACGCGUUGCUCAGAUGCGAGAACGUCCGUCUACUGAAAGGCGCCGCUGUGGAUCACAUCAAGGGUCACGGCCGGGGCGAAUUCCUCAUCGGCAUAACGCCGGACAAGAAGCGGAAGCAGCCUUUCCCGCGAAUGGACUCGCCUCCCGUCUCCCAUCUCAUCUCCACCGUCCCGAUCCCCACCCUCGAGCGCCUAUUCCAGAACGGGGACCGCAACCCGAACGACGGCAAGAUAUUCUUCCCAUGGACCCAGCCCGGCUCGAAUCACUUCCCUUACGCCUCCGUCGUCGUCGUCAACCUCGUCUUCCCGCCCUCCGACACGCCCCUCCACCCGCCCGGCCUCGGCUUCCUCGUACCCCGCCCGGCCAACGGCUACGACUCGCUCCCGAACCGGGGUAUCCUCUCCGUCUCCUUCGACUCGCGCAACGUCGGGCCCGCGCAGGACUACGCGCUCGGCGAGAAGACGCGCGGCGAGGUGGGCUCGUCCCGGUUCACGAAGAUGAGCGUCAUGCUCGGCGGGCCGUUCCCGCUCACGCCCGCGCUCGUCGACCCGCCGACGGUCGUGCGGAACGUGUCGACGUACCUCGGCCGCGACCUGCCCAAGCCCGUGCUGUCGCGCGUGCACAUCCUCCCGAGGUGCUUCCCGGCGUACACGCUUGGCCACAGCACGAAGGUGCAGCAUGUACAGAAGGUGGCGCGCCCGGCGAAAGUGGCGGUCGUCGGCGCGGGCGUUGCGGGUGCGGACGUGGACACCUGCGUUGCGGUGGCAAGGGCCGCUGCACUUGGUAAAUGGCUAGACGAGUGAUAUGUAUAUCGCACGCUAUGCUCCCGAUGUGACAUACUGCACUUCGCAUUUUUUGUUGUUAUGAUGACGUGCUCGACGAUGUUCUUCCUCGCACAUCGUCUGUCG